UGAGUGCAGUUGUGUCAAACUCAAUCUCAACAUAACCAAAACGUUAUAUCUUAGAAGUAAAUUAAUUGUCUUAUCGAUUAAUCGUACAUUUGUAAUAAGUGCAGUGAACAUUUUACCUUAAUAUUAUGACUUCUUCUUUUCUUCUUAACUGUUUGUGUUCUUUCGUGGGUUCGUUUUUUUAAAUGUCCGUGUCUAAUGCCAAUCAAAAUCAAUCGAUCUUCCUACAAUUAGGCCAAUUCUUAUGGUAGAUUUAUAUUCUUAGUUUUCAUUGCAAGGUUCGCCUGAUAUUAUUUGUUAUACUUCAGCCUAGCCUAUUUUAGAUUUCAACAUGAGAAACUCAUGUAAUUGCUACAGCUGUUGUUACUUUAUAUCUCUUGUCACUUUGGGUUCAGUUUUCAUUACAGUAUUAUUAUCCAUAAUUUUAGGAGAAUCCACCUCAUAUUUUUCUAAAAUUGAUGAUUUUCAUAACAACCAACCCCGAAUACCUUUUGCCAUCAACACCUGGCCUUUUACUAACGCAACUGCUGCAGCAUGGGAUGCUUUGUACAACCGCAAUCUCUCUGCUCUGGAUGCAGUUGAGAUCGGGUGCACAGUUUGCGAACAGGAGCAAUGCGAUUUCACUGUUGGCUACGGAGGAAGUCCUGACGAGAACGGGGAAACUACUCUCGACGCUUUUAUCAUGGACGGGAUGACGAUGAACGUCGGUGCUGUCGGAGCGUUACGAGGUGUAAAAUCCGCCAUCUCUGUGGCACGGAGAGUCCUGGAGAACACCAAACACUCCAUUCUUGUCGGAGAGUUGGCCACUCAGUUCGCCAUCAACAUGGGCUUCAAGUCAGAAUCUUUGUCGACGAACCAGUCAGAAGCUACUUGGCGGAAUUGGGUCGGAAGCAACUGUCAACCAAACUAUUGGACCAAUGUGGCUCCUGAUCCCAAGCAGCAGUGUGGGCCGUACAAACCUCGCAGAGGCAGCGACGGGACAAACGGUGAAACCAAACAGCCCGGCCACGACACAAUCUCUAUGAUAGCCAUGGACCGGCUGGGUCAGGUAGCCGUGGGGACUAGUAGCAACGGAGCCAAUCAUAAAAUACCCGGGAGGGUGGGAGAUGCUCCACUUGUAGGGGCUGGAGGCUACGCAGACGGGGCUGUAGGCGGGGCAGCUUGUACUGGAGAUGGAGACGUCAUGAUGCGUUUUCUGCCCAGUUUCCUGGCUGUGGAAGAGAUGCGAAGAGGUUCGUCUCCUGCUGCAGCGACUCGAGAGGCCGUCUCUCGUAUCAAACAGUUCUACCCAUCAUUCAGUGGCGCCAUCAUUGCUGCCAACCUGUAUGGUGAGUACGCAGCCGCUUGUCAUGGAAUGGACACGUUCCCUUUCUCUGUUCAUGAUCCGCACCAUCCAGAGGGGAUUGUUUUACGAGUUCCGUGUAUAUGAGACGAACUGUAAUUGUUCACUUCUAAAAUUGCUAAAUUUAUAGGAAAUGUUUUCAAAUACAAUAUUGGGUGCUAUAUUUUGUGUAGUUCUAUUUGAAUUACCGGAAUUUAGUAUAUUGCAGUGACUAGGUUAUUUUGAAGAUGUAACCAACAGAUAAUUACCAUUAGGAUAUUACUUUAUUUUGUUGUCUUUCCACGCCAUUGGCACCUAACGUCUUUUGGAAUAAACCUUGGUCUCGAUACAACCUUUGUCACGAGUUGUUGUAGAAUAGAAUCAUUGAAGUGAUAGUCGAUAAAUAUUUACAACUGUGCCAAGAAUAGUUAACUAAGGAUUGGGGUUAUGAAUACCUUCUCAAUACCAAAGAAAGAUUUAGUAAAAAAGAUUUUGUGCCUUAACACUAAGUCACCUCUUCUAGAAGUUAAGUCAUAUACUAUUUAGUUGUAUAAAUUAGUGUAGUAGAACUCCAAUUAUCCGAAUCAAUUUGAACCGUACCCCAUUUUGAAAUUUAAAAUUCGGAAAAUUGGAUUUUUACCAAAAUUCAGAGUCAAAGAGUCUGCAACGAUUGUCACAAUCACAAAAUUUACCUUUUCAACGCAAUUGCGGAGUACGAUAAUGAUUUUGGCAGGAGACGAUCAAUGAUGGUGUCUACACAACUGUGGAUUUAUCUAUCAUUUUGCCGCGAGCGUGAAACACGAUGAUUAUGUUACCAAGAAUACAGGAGACGAUGAUGGUGUCAAAAAUGCCAUGGGAUAUAUUUAUCAUUUUUCCGCAAUCACGAAAAAUGAUGACGAUGUUACCGUGACCGCGGGAGACAUUGAUGGUGUCAACACAACAUUGAUGGUGUUAACACAGUCGUGAGACAGGUUUUGGAUUUUUCCUUGAUGAUGGUUUCUGCCUUAUUUAAUAACGAUUCGUAUUGCUGUGAUUUUAAAUUUUUAAAUAAUAUCUGUAAGCAAUUUGGAUAGUUGGAGUUCGGAUAAUUGGAGUUCUACUGUACUCAAAUGUUAGUAUCUAAUUAUUUCCAAUACUGUGUGUGUUUAUAUAUUUACUACUUGUUUGUUAAAACUGCACAAGGCCUUAAUGUUAUGAAAUCUAAUAUUCUUAUUGGUUUAAAAAGUAGCAUUGGUUCAUUUUCCUUAAAUAUAUAUAUUUGAUACUUUUAAUACUGGAAAUAGGUUAUCAAACUGCAAAAACGUGUUAUUAAAAUUUAAGUAAGA